AUGGACCGGUCCAAGUCGUACGCGGGCGGGCGCAUGCAGAUCGAGCCGUACUACGGCGGCGGCGCGCGGCCGGACUUCCGGUCCUACUCCUACAGCGCCGGCGGGGGCGGGAUGGGGACGUCGUCCUACUCCUACUCGUACCAGUACGAGUACGGCGGCCCGGGGCCGGGGGAGGAGGAGGUGAAGCGGAGCAAGUCGAAGCGGCGGUGGCUGGCGCUGGCGGACCCGGACAUGGAUCGCAAGCGCCGGGUGGCGUCGUACAAGGCGUACGGCGUGGAGGGCAAGGUGAAGGGCUCCUUCCGCAAGAGCUUCAAGUGGAUCAAGGACCGCUACUUCAACCUCGUCUCCGGAUGGUCCUGA